UCUUAAUUUUCUCCCACCAGAAAAUAAACUUUUAUUUAUAAAUUUAUUUAUUUAUUUAUUUUUCUGACUAAAUGAUUUCUGUACGAUUUUAAAGAUUUGGUUCGUCUUCUUGGAUCUGCUCCCUGCGAGUCCUCCUCAAUGCAUCAGAUUUAACAAAUCGUCUUCCUUCGUUUUGUUGUUCUUCUACUCAAAACUCAAUUUCAAUUGAUUCUACCUGAGCCUGACAUCUCUUGGGCUCUCAUUGGCGGAUACAAUAGAAGUUGAUUUUGUUACCUUACUUUUUGUUUGCAUGCGAAUUGAUCGCAACUCAAGUCCUAGCUCCAGUUGAGUUCUUUAUGUGGACUUACCUUCAUGGCAUCUCAUAUAUAAACCAUGGGAGAGUGGGUCAUCGGAGCUUUUAUUAACCUUUUUGGCAGCAUUGCCAUCAAUUUUGGAACUAACCUUCUUAAAUUGGGUCAUAAUCAGAGAGAAAGAUAUUCUACUCUCGAUGGUGGUGGAGGAAAGAUCCCCCUGAAACCUAUUAUAUACUUCCAGACAUGGAGAGUAGGUAUUCUAUUUUUCAUUCUGGGAAAUUGCCUCAAUUUCAUUUCCUUUGGUUAUGCUGCUCAGUCACUCCUUGCAGCCCUUGGAUCUAUUCAGUUCGUAUCCAACAUUGCAUUUGCUUACUUUGUGUUGAACAAAAUGGUGACUGUCAAAGUACUGGUUGCUACGGCCUUCAUAGUCCUUGGUAACACUUUCCUAGUAGCCUUUGGCAAUCAUCAGUCACCCGUCUACACACCAGACCAGUUGGCGGAGAAGUACAGCAACAUUACAUUCCUUGUCUAUUGUCUGAUCUUAGUCUUGGUAGUUGCCUUGCAUCACUCCAUUUACAGGAGAGGUGAACUUGUGGUUGCUGAUUCUGGUCAAGAUCUUAGACCUUAUUGGCAUAUGCUUCUUCCUUUUUCAUAUGCUAUAGUCUCAGGUGCUGUAGGAUCAUGUUCAGUCUUGUUUGCAAAAUCUCUAUCUAAUUUGCUAAGAUUGGCCAUGUCCAAUGGUUAUCAGUUGCACAGCUGGUUCACAUACUCCAUGCUUCUUUUAUUUCUAAGUACAGCUGGAUUUUGGAUGACAAGACUGAAUGAAGGAUUGGCAUUAUUUGAUGCAAUCCUGAUUGUUCCCAUGUUUCAGAUUGCUUGGACCUUUUUCUCCAUUUGUACAGGAUUUGUAUACUUUCAGGAAUAUCAGGUAUUUGAUGCACUGAGAACGACAAUGUUCAUACUAGGAAUGAUGUGCGUAUUCAUAGGCAUUUCACUACUAGCACCUGAUGAGUUGAAAGGCAGUGAGGUUAAAGACUCGUCUCUGGUCUCAGUGGUGUCUUCAAGCAUGUCAACUGAAGUGGACAGGCUGAUCCCACCAUCUGAAGAUGCACAGUGUAGAGAGGCAAAGUCAAUUUUGCAAGGAAUGUUUAUGAAGCUAACUGAUGUAAUUGCCAAGGCAAAGACUGCAUGUUCAUUAUCUCUAGGUUUUGGAGAGGAUUCGAUCAAUGCAUCUGCAGUUCUUGUGAUGCCUAUGGUGUCAUCAAAGAUAACAGGUUUUAGGGGAAAUGGCCUGGAAAGGGCUAAGAUUCUAUCUCUGAGAGAUUCCACUUGGAGUAAGAUAUCAAUGGAUGAAGAUGGUGCCCAGGUGAUAGAGAAAAGCAGCAUUCUUUCCCAAAGCCUUUGACAGAGGAAUUUGUCAAGAGGUGUAUUUUCUUGUCACUCUUUGUAUUCAGCUCUUCGUCUCCUUUGCCUAUGGCGCCACUCACGCCACCUGCACACUCAACAAACGCUGCAGGGAGCAAUUGGAGCAGACACUUGCAUCUCGUUGAUCAAGCAAUGUGCUACUCUUCGCUCCCUGAAAACCGUCCACGCCUCCAUGCUAAGAUCCCACCUUCACCAAAACCUUUGCUUCUUCACCAACCUCAUCUCUCAUUACGCCUCUCUUGGCUCUAUCUCUCACGCCUUUUCCCUCUUCUAUUCCUCCGCUUCCCUUUCCUUCCUCUCCGACGUCUUCCUCUGGAACGUUAUCAUCCGCGGUUUCGUCGAUAAUGCCCAUUACCACGCUUCUCUCAUCCUUUACUCCCAAAUGCGCCGUUUUGCUGUCCCACCUGAUAACUUCACCUUUCCCUUUGUUCUCAAGGCUUGCGGCUGCCUCCACGAUCUCUGCCUCGGUCUUAAGCUUCAUAAAGACGCCGUGGCGUUUGGGUAUGAGUCGGAUGUCUUCGUUGCAAACUCCCUCAUCGCCAUGUAUGGUCGAUGCGGGCACUGUCACUUUUCCAGGCAGGUGUUUGAUAAAAUGCCUCGCAAGAACGAGGUCUCGUGGAGUUCCAUGAUAGGUGCAUGCGCGCAGAAUGGUCAGUUCGACCAAGGUUUGUCCUUGUUCUCGCGGAUAUUGGACGAGGGGAUCAGACCCACAAGGUCUGCCCUCUUGGAUGUCAUGGCUUGUGCCCGCAGUCAGAAUGAGGCUGAUGAUAUCUGCAAAGUCGUCAUGGACACUAUAUUUCGUGGAGACCAUUCUGUUCAAAAUGCGGCACUUCUCAUGUAUGCGCGAUGCGGAAGAAUAGACAUGGCUAGUUGGUUCUUCCGGGAAAUUCCAAACAAAGAUUUGGUGUCUUGGACAUCCAUGAUAGAUGCUUAUGCUCAAGCUGAUUUCCCCAUUAAAGCCUUGGAACUCUUUAACCAGAUGAUAUUGCAAGGCGUCAUCCCUGACUCCGUGACCCUUCUUUGUGUAGUCAGAGCUGGUUCAGUUUUAGCUUCAUUGCAGCAAGCACGGGUCAUUCACGGAAUCAUAAUCCGUGGCCUUUUCAAUAAUCACUUAGAGCUAGAUACUGCUAUUGUUGAUCUCUACGUGAAGUGUGGAAGUUUAGCAUAUGCUAGACAGGUUUUUGAUAGGAUGCAAGAUAAGAGUUUAAUCUCAUGGAGCACCAUGAUUUCAGGGUAUGGGAUGCAUGGCCACGGUAGAGAAGCCCUCUGCAUCUUUGAUGAGAUGAAGGAAUUAGCAAAGCCUGACCACAUCACAUUUGUAUCUGAGAAAUUAUCAGGAUUUUACGAGUUAUUUCAAAUGGAAUCGGCUUCCAUAGAACUAAAGAUAUUGUCUUGCAAAGGUCUGAAAGCAUUCAAUUUUUUCCAGAAACUCACUGUCUACGCGGUUGUUUCAAUUGUCAGCGGGGAUCCUCAGAGGAAAUUGAAGCAAGAGCAACAACAGAGAACACCGACGGAUGGAGAAGGUGAUGGGGAUCCUGAAUGGAACCAUGGAAUGCAGUUCAAUCUGAAGAAGGACGUGUUAGAGGACUGCGAUAACCUGCUUGUUCAAUUUGAUCUGAAACAUGAAGGAGGAAUCUUGUUUGUAGAUAGAACUAUAGGAGAAGUCCGUGUUCCCCUGAAGGAUCUACUUGAAGAAUCCAAUGGAGCUGUCAGAUUUAUGAGUUACGAGGUACGGAGCACAGAUGGAAAACCAAAUGGAGUCUUGAAUUUCUCGUUUAAGGUGAAUGGACUUCGUAAGUUUACAGAAAGCAAUUCUCCGGGGAGCCAUAUCACUGGCUAUCCAAUAGUUAAUCCUCUGUCUCCUAAAAUUCAGUACCCCCAGAUUGAAGAUGAUACCCCAUCAGAAAGGAUCCAGUAUCCAUCCCUGGAAUUAGAAGUUACCUCCCUAAAUGCUUACAGUUAUCCCGCAAACCAGGAAGCAAACUAUUUACCGCCUGCAACGCAAGAAAGCUACAAUUUCCAUCCGCCUGAUUCCUCUGGUCAACCACCACCGCAUAUGUUGCAGCCGCCACCACUGCAUAUGUCACAGCCACCGCCACUUCAUAUUCCACCUGGCCCAUGUUAUUGCUCUUCUCCGCCUCAGCUAUAUUCUUGGGCCCCUGACCGUUAUCUGGGUAGUAUUCAUGGUUAUACUUAUGGGAGCCUGGGAUCCGUUACUGGACAUGAACAUGUGUUUGAUGGGAAAGAGAGAUGGCAAAAUGGCAGGCUAGAUUGGGGAAAUCACCAUUUAUCUUCUUGGAGUGGCAGGUGAAAUUCUCUGGUUAAUGAUAGUUGAUUGUGAUUGUGUUGUUGCUCUUCUGUUCUUCGAGAUCAGAUUAGGUGUUUCUUCUACCUUUAUAUCAGUCUAAUAAUUUGUGGCUCAGAGAACAGGUAUUAAAACAAAGAAAGAAAGAAAGGCAAUAAGGUUUUUUAAUUAGAGAGAAGAAUAAAUUGGAAGCCAUCAUCAUCAAUUUCCGGUGUAAAUCUUCUCUAAAGAUCCCAUGGUUACUAGUGGAUUUAUGGUUUAUUUUAGAUGUUGAUAUGUUGAGAGAUAAUUAAUGAAUACGUAAGCUGUUGGAAGUGGAUUUGUUAUGGAGAAAGGGUUCUCUUUUUAUUGUUUGUGGUUUUUUUUCUUUGGUUCUUAAAGUUGAGAGAAAUAGAAGAUAUCAGUCUGGCAA